GCUUGCCUUAAUAAAUUAAACAAAAUUAAAAACGGAAACUUGCUAAACUACUUUCCCUCGUUUUGUAAUAUAAAGUUUGGAAAGCAGACACUUCUUCAAUUUAAGAGAGAGACACCCGAACAAGAAAAACUCAACCAUAUUAUGUUGUGGGAAGAAAAACAAGCGUCGCCACCACUUCCUCUGUAGAAUAGUUCACCAGAAUCUUACACACACAUAAACCCCCUCUCCCGCAACCGCCACCGCCACCGCCACCAUCCCAAUCACAACCAGCAAUGGCUUUACCAAAACGAUCCACGCAAACACAAAACCAAACCGCGUCGACUCAGAAUCUAAAGCAACGAGUCAUUACAUGCUUAAACAAAUUAUCAGAUAGAGAUACCCAAACAAUAGCAACAGCAGAGUUAGAAUCAAUAGCAAGAAACCUGAGUCAUGAAUCAUUCUUACCGUUUUUGAAUUGUAUUUACGACACCGAUUCAUCAGAAAAAACACCUGUUCGUAAACAAUGUGUGAAAAUUCUGGGAUUUUUAUCAGAAACUCAUGGUGAUUCAUUAAACCCAUUCGUAAACAAGAUGGUUUUAAACAUUAUAAAGAGAUUACGUGACUCAGAUACUGCUGUUAGAUUAGCUUGUGUUGAUUCGAUCUCAGCUAUGGUGAAUCAGAUUGAAAACGUUCCUUUUACAAGCUUCACGAAACCGCUAAUGGAAGCGAUUCAAUUUGAACAGGAUUACAGUAUCCAAAUAGGUGCAGCCCUUUGUUUGAGUUCAGUAAUUGAAGGCUCUAAUGAUCCUGAGUUAGUGCAAUUGAGAAGAGUUUUACCUAAAUUGAUUAAGUUACUGAAAAGUGAUAGUUUUAAAGCGAAACCAGCUUUAAUAACUUUGAUUGGAAGCAUUAUUGGUGUUGGUGGAAUUGUGAGUAAUGUUUUGGAAAAUUUAAUUCCUUGUUUGAUUGAGUUUUUAAGUAAUGAAGAUUGGAAUACUAGAAAAGCUGCUGCUGAAACUUUUUCCAAAUUAGGUGUUAAAGAAAAAGAUAUCUUGGUUGAGUUUAAAUCUCCUUGUCUUAAUGCUUUUGAGAGUAGAAGAUUCGAUAAGGUUAAGGUUGUUAGGGACAGGAUGAAUGAGAUGAUUGAAGUUUGGAAAGACAUUCCUGAAUGCGUUAAUGAGAUUUCAUCGCCUUCGUUGUCAAAAUCUUCAUCGUCAACUGAGAAUUUUAGUUCCAGAAGUUCUAGUACCAUUACAACCGAUGAAUCUCACCGGGGUAGUAGGAAGAAAUCAUCUCCAAUAAGUAAAUCUCCUCCACGUGAUUCUCCGUCUACGACGACCACGACUGCCAGGAAAAAGAGUAAUAAUGAUGUGAAAUCUAGUCCAGUUCUGUUUCGUAAAUUGGAUUUUAAUAAUAAAAUGGUCGAUGAUCAAAAUGCAUCUUCUACUGAGGAGGAACUUAGUGAGAUAAAUUUGGGUAGUCGGGAAUUGAUUGAAGAGAAAAUUAUUGGUUGCCUAAAGGUUCAGAACAAACGAGUUCCAUUGAGUAACAAGAGUGGCAUGGACAAGGCCGGUUCUCGCGUGUUUGCAGUGCAGGAGGAGGAUAAUUCAGAGUCUAAAGCUUCUGUCAGUUGCGUCACAAAGGAGUUGGACGACAACGAAAAAGACAAUGAGGAAAUAUUGUUGAUUAGGAAGCAGCUUCUUCAUAUAGAGAAUCAACAAUCCAAUCUUUUUGAUAUCCUACAGAGAUUCAUUGGAAGCUCCAGGAAUGGUAUUAAAUCUCUUGAAACGCGUGUACUUGGUUUAGAAAUGGCACUGGACGGUAUCUCAUACGACUUAGCGAUGUCCUCAAGAAGGGUGCCAGAUGGUGAAUGUUGGUCCGGUAGAUUUGGAAUCCAGUCCCCGUUGUUUCAAGACGAUUACAGAAGAUAUGAAGAGUGACUGAGUGAGCAUAAUUUGUGUACACACAAUGUUUUUACUAUUAGAGAGAGCAUUUUUUAUUACCCACAUGUAAUCAUAUUUCAGAGUAAUUUUUUCGAAACCAAAACAAUAAGGAACAUCGCAAGUCUAAUUUGAUCCCAGCUUGGCAAGUUAACAGUUA